AUGAUCUUUAGACGAGUUCAAACAAAACAUCGAACAUUUCAUAAACCGCCUGAAACACUGGUAGCACCGAGCUUUGUAGUGGUUGGGAAACCGCUAACUGCGUUGAAACCGAUUCUUCUCGAGGAAAUAUCGAUUACAACAUCUGAUGUGUCGAACAAACGAAGCUAUGCAACUAGUUAUCAUAAACUGGAUUCGCUACAUAGAUCUCUCCAUCCAUCACCUGUCACUUCGACAAAUUCGCCGCGUCGGCAUCCAGCACUUAAGGGGAAAGUUUCUGCGAACUCAAAAAAUAGGACACUUAGAGACAAGAAACGUACACCACCAUCAGUUAUUAGCACAAAAAAUGGCAAAAAGGUGUCAUUUGUUAAAACUAUUGAUACUUCUUCUACUCUCACUCCUGAAAUUGGUGGUGGCUCUAAAGAGAUACGUAUUGUUACAAGUUGUACACUGGGAACGACUCAUGUUAGUGUAAAUGGUCAAAAACACUCCAAAGAUCUUUUACCCCAACACGUGAGAUCUGUUAGUUUGAUUUCCAAUACUAAUACGCCUCUGCUACCUGCCAAGGACCGUCUUACUCUAUUAUCACUAGGUAUUGAUCCAACUAACAUGUUCACGGAUCCUAAAAAAUGCAUUAAUUUUGUAACAGAGAAAACUAAUGAAAUAAUACUCUUAGUUAUAUCGAACGACCUCGCUCAAACAACAAUGCGCGAUAUUCAUCCCUUGCGUCAGGUCCAUACCAUAUAUAUUUUAGGGGAAAAGACACCUAAAAACAAGUCAUGGAUUAAAAGUUGGAGUAAAAUCAAAGGUAUCUAUCCUGCUAUACAACCGUUUUGUGAAAUACUUAAAUAUGAUAUUCGGCAACAUCGUCGAGAUUCUAUUACAACUGGUAUAUCAAAUGUAGAGUUAGAGUAUCUUGAUGUAUCAUUUAUGUAUACAAAAUUACUGACAGAAAUACUCUUCGAAAUACCAUACGAUGAUCGAGCUAAACAAGCACUUGCUCAGUUCUGUCGAGAAUACUGUGACACCCGUGAUCUCGAAAAGAUCGCUAAAUUCGAGAGAGAUUAUGUCUCACGUAAGUCAAUUUGGUGGUAUACUCGCGAGUCUUUUGUCUACAAGAUGAUUAAUAGAGCACUUCGAAAACAGGAUAUUUACAUUAUUAUCAAAGCAGGGUUCUUUAUACGAGACCUUCAAAAACAAAUUGAAGCACGAUAUAAACCACCAACGGAAAAAAUGAUUGUUCAUCGAGGUCAAGCACUUUCAGAGAUGGAUUUUAACCAAUUAUGUGAGAGGAAAGGUGGUCUUUAUUCUUUUAAUAAUUUCCUAUCGACUAGUAUGAAGUUGAACGUAAGUAAUUUGUUCGGUGAAGGCUGUCCGCAAAAUCAUGAAAUAGUUGGUAUUCUGUUUGAGAUAGAAGUAAAUCCGACUAUAUUUACACCUACUCAGUGGGCUUGGAUAGCUAGCGAAAGUCGGUAUCCUGAAGAAGAAGAGGUUUUAUUUGCCAUGCACAGUAUAUUUCGAAUUAAUGAAAUAGAGAAACUGGAUGAUCGAUAUUGGAAAGUACAACUUUCAUUAACAAGUGACAACGAUCCAGAGUUAAAAAAAAUGACUGAGUUUAUUCGUGAAGCAACACAAGGUUCAUCGGGAUGGGAUAGACUUGGUAAAUUUUUGUUAAAAAUAGGGAAAUUUAGUAAAGCAGAAGAAAUUUUUCAAAUGCUUAUCGAAAACACAACUGAAGAUGAUGAAUCCAGUCUUGGGUAUCGUUAUCAUAUGCUUGGUUCAUUAAACGAACAAGGAAAAGGCGAUUAUGAGAAUGCACUUAUCUUCUAUAACAAAGCUCUAAACAUAUAUCUACAAUAUCCUGAUUCAAAUAACUUCGAUUUAAUUACGAUCUACAAUAAUAUUGGUGAGAUGUACAUACACACAGAGGACUACUCGAAAGCCUUGGAGAGUUUUCAAAUGGCUCUGGAUAUUCAAAAAGACAAGUACCGCGCAUAUGAUGUCGCAUUCACAAGAACAUAUAAAAAUAUGGCUGAAACGUAUGAAUAUUUAAAACAAUAUUCGGAAGCCUUACAGUUCUAUCAAAGACUACUGAGUAUUCAGAAAAAAGCUGUACCACGGAAUGAGACAGAUCUGUGUGAAACUUAUUCAAAUAUUGGUAAGAUUUAUCUCCACACGGGAAAAAGUUCGAAAGCCCUACGAUUGUUUUACAAAGUGGGUAAAUGGCAACAACGUAACCGUUCAUCAAGCAAUAUAGACAAAGCUAUUAAUGAUAUUCAUAUCGGCCAAGCAAAUGAAAAGCUUGAAGAUUAUUCAAUGGCACUUUCGUAUUACGAAAAAGCAUUAGGAAUUCUUUCUCAACUUUAUUCGUCGAAUAUUGCAGAACUCACUAAUACCUACGAUAAUAUUGCUCGAGUUUAUAAAAAUAUGAAUGAGAAUACCAAAGCACUUCACUUUUAUAAAAAAGUGCAGUACAACUUAGAAAGACAUCCACAAAUCAAACAUCCAAACUUAGGAAUGGUUUACUUCAGUAUGGGUCAGAUAUAUCAGAAUAUCCAGGAAAGUGAGGAAGCCGCUGUUUCAUACAGACAAGCUAUUCUACUUGAAAAGAGCAGAAUGUUUUCAGACAAUUCUAAACUUCAACAAUAUCGAAAACAUCUUACUGAAGUUAGAACAACACAAUAA